ACCUCUCAUCUUCUUCUUUGUGGUAACCUAUGCUCAAAGGAACAUAACAUUUCUCUCAUAGAAUUCAAAAGGAACAUCGAAGUUCUGAGCUUAACAACCAUGUCAUUAUCUAUGUCCACCACCACUAGUGGUCACUACACUGCACUUUCAUUGCCAACAAGAACCACCCAAAUCAACUCUAAGCAAAACCCAACUUAUUUUUUUCCAAACACCAAGUUGUUUUCUUCAAAAAACCAUUCAUUUUCCAACACCCUUUUGUCAAAACCAUUCCUUUAUGUGGUUAAAGCUUCAUCUGAAGUGGGUUCAGAUGCAUCCAAAGAAGAUAGUGAAAAGGGUGAAGGAGAAAAAGAGCCAUAUGAAGAGUAUGAGGUAGAGAUUGACCAACCUUAUGGAAUCAAGUUUGUAAAAGGAAGAGAUGGUGGAACUUACAUUGAUGCUAUUGCACCUGGUGGAUCAGCUGAUAAGGCUGGUGUCUUCACUGUUGGUGAUAAAGUACUUGCCACCAGUGCUGUUUUUGGGACUGAAAUUUGGCCAGCUGCAGAAUAUGGAAGGACAAUGUACACGAUUCGCCAAAGAAUUGGCCCGUUACUCAUGAGAAUGCAGAAGAGAUAUGGAAAGAUAGAAACUGGUGGUGACUUAACUGAAAAGGAGAUCAUUAGAGCUGAGAGGAACUCUGGUGUAGUCAGUAACAAAUUGAGGGAAAUUCAAAUGCAAAACUACCUAAGGAAAAAAGAAGUGAAAGAGGGCCGGGAAAGGGAUCUGAGAGAAGGCUUAUUACUAUACAGGAAUGCUAAAUAUGAGGAAGCACUAGAGAAAUUUGAGUCUGUUCUAGGAUCAAAGCCAGAACCUGAUGAAGCAGCAGUCGCAAGCUAUAACGUUGCUUGUUGUUACUCUAAGCUAAACCAGAUUCAAGCUGCACUUUCGACACUUGAAGAAGCUCUGAAUUCUGGUUUUGAAGACUUCAAGAGAAUCAGAACUGAUCCUGACCUUGCUAACUUAAGGGCAUCCCCGGAAUUCGAUCCAUUAUUGAAGAGAUUUGACGAAUCAUUUAUCAAUGAGAGCGCCAUCAAUGCGAUCAAAUCAAUUUUUGGAUUUAAUAAGAAAUAACCCCUUUGUAUGGACACAAGAAAGCAAACAUUUUAGCUUGACUAAGGAGUUUGUUUAGCAGUAUGAUUCCAAUACAUUUGAUUUCUCCGUGUAUAUUUUUGUAGUUAAAUAUAGGUCUCUCAUUUUUGUCAUUUGUUGGAUUGGAUCUUGUUUUUAAUAUAUGAUGAUAUAAGAAACUUAUGAUCAAUAUAAUUGUUGAUUUCUUAUUUUAA